CACCCAUUGUGGGCUUGCGUCCACAUCAUUGAGAAGGGGCCGGGCCGCAUCAGCGAGGGCGAGUCGCCAGAUGACGAGCCGCCGCCACCGCUCGCCGUCCCCGGCGGCGCUGGACGACGACGACCUGCUCUUCGAGAUCCUCCUUCGCCUCCCACCGCAGCCCUCCUCCCUCCCACGCGCCUCCCUCGUCAACAAGCGCUGGCGCCGCCUCGCCUCCGACCCCGGUUUCCUCCACCGCUUCCGCAUCCACCACCGCCGCAGCGCUCCCAUCCUCGGUUGCUUCGUGGAGCGAGCCCACGGCAUCUCCUUCGAACCAACUCUGGAGGCCCCCAAUCGUGUCCCGCCGGGGCGCUUCUCCUUACGGUUCGAGGAAGGCGACCGUUUCGGGCUCCUCGACUGCCGCCAUGAUCUCGUGCUCGUCCACAACCAGACACGGUGCAAGUUCCUUGUGUGGGACCCCAUCACCUGCGAGCAGCACCAUCUAGCCAUCCCGGCGGGUUUCGAUUCGGAAACGAACGAGAUCAGCGGGGCGGUGCUUCGUGCCGGGGGAGACGUCCAACACUUCGAGGUGGUCUUUGUACGCUACGACGACAUACGACAUGGACAAGCAGCGGUCGCCUGCGUUUACUCGUCAGAGAUGAGCUUAUGGAGUGACCUCAUCUCAACACCCCUUCCAUGGUUGAGCCCAUUUGACAACACAAUUUCUACGGCUCACCCUGCUGUGCUGGCUGGGGAUGCCCUUUACUGGUUUGUUACCGCGGGUUCGGAUGAAAUUCUUGAAUUUGAUCUCUGGAAGCACAAGUUAGCGGUGAUACAGCUUCCCGUUCAUGUGUAUGAAGAACACUUCACGUUUAGAAGGACAGAUAGUGGUGUGUUGGGCUUCCUCCAUGUAUCCAGCUUAACCGCACAGUUAUGGCAGAGGAAGACUGAUUGCGAAGGUGUUGCUUCAUGGGAGCUUGGAAGAACCAUUGAACUCGACAAAUUACUUUCCAUGAAUUCAGAGAACAGAUGGUACUCAAUGAUAUGCUUUGCUCAGGACAAUAAUGUGGUGUUCCUGUUGACAGUGGUCGGCCUCUUCGCGGUCCAGCUUCAGACAUUGGAGUUCAAAAAACUACCCCAAACCAACAUCGGAUCAUACUGCCUUCCAUUUGAAAGUGUCUACAACGCAGACAUUGGGGGUGAACAUGGUGGAGCUGACCUUUUUCACAAUGCAUAAGAUGACUGCCUGGUCAAAUGUGCUAUUAUGAUGUAUUGGCUGAUCAGAUUGGUUUGGGCGAUUGGCGGAUGGCAGUGGUUGCUCUGCGCAUAUCUAGAGUUAUAUUUUUGUGGCUGAGAUGCAGAAAUGACUUGCGCCAUGCACCGGUCCGUGGUGAAGUGGAUUUGUAGGGAUUAAUUUCAAUUUUUUUGUGGAUUUGUAGGCAUUGUUAACAAAUUUAUUAGUAUAUCAAUCUCCCUCAGCACCAAGGGUUUCUAAGAUUUAGACAAUCGUACAACUGGAACCACACAAAGUCCCUUACCUUGGGGCACCAAUGGAGGGCCAGCCCUCCUCUGUCUGUAUCGCGUGUUGAGGAAACUGCACGAGGACGUAUUAGUCCAGAUUUCGUUCAUUAUUGGCUAAUUAAAUAGAUAACAACGCCAAGGGGCGCAAUCAACAAGAAGUAGACAAAACCGAGGGGCUUCAGAGGGAGGCAAACGAAGAAAGGGGUAUAUGAUCAAAGGCGAGCGAACUGGAGGGGUUAAAAUUA